GGGGCUCGGUAAUGGCACACGGCGCCUUCGAUUAUUUAGUCUAUUUCGUUUGCUUUGAAUGUUCAGAGAGAAUCAAAGCAGAUUAAGACAGUUCAGCAGAUGAGCACACAUUAGUGCUGAUGAUGCACGGUUCCAGCCUCUUUCCCGCCUUCCUGACAGUCUAUGUUUGCUAAAAGAGCUCCCGGGGGACACAGGGCACUGUUUAAAGUCAGUAGGUGUCUUUGUGGUACAAUAUCUGCCCAGUCACCCAGUACAGCCAUUUCAGAGUCUUUUUAGGGGUAAUCUUUCUCAGCAACAUUAGGGAUGGCAACACCUCGUAUCUCAGCCUACCUCCCCCCUGACAUAGACCCCACCAAAGCUGCUCUGGCCUUUGGGAGGAGGGCCCUUCCUAAGCUGAAAGAGGAGCUGCAGUCUCCCGAGCUGCUGACACAGCAGCGGGCGCUGGCGGCUCUCUGCGAUCUGGUCCACGAUCCGGAAAAAGUCUACCAGGCAAUAGCAUUAGGAUUCUUGGGCAGUCUGAAGACUUUGCUGGUGCAUCAAGACCAAACUGUCCGGCAAAAAACAACAGAAGUUCUCUCUGUAAUGGCUCUGCACAGUGUUGGCAGGGAAGGGCUCAUACGAAGUGGAGUCAUUUCUGCCCUCACUGGGCUCCUGGAUGAUCCAGUAGAUAUCUGUCGGAAGAACACCCAUCAGACUUUUGACAUGCUGGCAAAAUUACCUGCAGGGGCUGGUGGUGUCCUGAGGGCUGGUUUGAUUCCCUCCCUGGUCCUGAAGUUGAAGACAGAGCUGGAUGAGAUCCAGGAGCUAAUCCUUGAUACACUCUCCAACUGCCUCCGUGUGGAGGUUUCUGAAGCCCUGGCAGCUGGUGCCCUUACUGUGCUGAAGGAAAAGCUCUCACACCCCUCUGCAGCCAUCAGGAGCAAAGCAGCCUGGGUCCUCUUGGAAAUCAGCUCUCAUGCUGAGGGGAAAAUCGCCGUGUGCGAAGAAGGGGUGAUUCCUGUGCUGCUGAGCCUGCUGGAGGACACCGAGCCCGAAGUUCAGGUGAACUCAGCAGGAGCGCUGAUGUUUGCUGUCGUCACACCUCAGGGGAGAUCCUCAGCCAUGGGUGCUGAAGCCAUUCCGCCUUUACUGACGCUGGUUGCUGAGGAAACCAGCAAAGCGCGUUUGAACGCGAUCAAAACCCUCACCCUGCUGGCGGAGCUGCCGGAGGGCCGCGGGGCGCUGCUGGAUCACAGGGACACGUUUCAGCGGUGUCUGGAUGACCCCAGCGAGGCCGUGCAGAGAGCUGCCGACAUCGCCAUCGCCGUGAUCGACUGGAAACCCUCCUGCAGCCGCGAUCUUUCCUAGAGAUCUAUUGCCCUCUGUUGUUGUCUGCCUGUAAAAGGUUACAAGCAGAAAAAUGGAGAAGAAAAGUUAAGAAGUGUGGAGUUCUCCACUAGGACUUAUAGCCCAAGUUACCAAGAUUUUCCUAUGAUACAACACAACAAUCCUUUUUGCUUUUGUUUUCUUCAUAAUGUUCUCUCCUUUUUUUUUGAAAUCUCAGCCUAUCAAACACUAAUCAAUAAUUAAUUAUAUUAGAAAGGUUCACAAUCAACCCCUCCAGCAGUCUUGUCUGCACUGACAAAUUGAUCUAACAACAGGAAUUUACAUGAAUUUUGUUGAAAAUAUUGGUUGAACAUGGCAUUAAGACCAGUCAGAAAGCCUUUACUAGGGUGUCCCUUGGUAAAGCUGUGUUGGGGCCUCUCCAAUUCCAAUUCCUAAUUGGAAUUGCUUAUAUAGGGAACAAAAGCAUCUCAGGGUUUGAGCUGAAGGGCAGUGGAAGUGGUGGGAAGUUUCAGUAGCAUUAUAUUCUCUGGGAGUUCAAGGCUGAUCACUACAGACACGUUGCAAACUUCUGUCUGUAGUUACAAGAGUGUAAUUUAAGAGGCUUCAACAGGAGGCCUGGGCAGAGAAAUGACCCAAAUGAGCAGGACAGCCCUGGCCAUUGACAGCCACCAAGGAAGAUGUGACAGAGCGGCUGGAGCAGCUUCACAGCAAGUCCCAUUUGUUUUCACUUGUGUUUUGUUUUCACAUGGGAACUUUAUACCCAGAAUUGUAGCUACAAAGAAGCUGCAUCAGCUCUAUAAAAGGGCUUAUUUGUCAGGGCUGCUUUUCCAUUCAAACCCACAGUCACACUGCAAACUGCAUUACCCUUAUACACACUAUAAACUCUUCCUGUAGGAGUGAUUACAGUUAAAAUGUUUCUCUUCCAUAAUGUAACCAAAGGGUG